AUAUCAUCAACGCAUUAUUGUGCAACAAACUAUUCGCAUUGUUUUAACUUUAACAAAACACUUCGGAAAAUUGUUGCAAUUCGAGCUCCUUGUACAGAAAAAAAGAGAAAAUGUCUGCAAUGAAAGAAAGUGAAUUGCCGAAGCCGCCGGUUCCCGAGCUCUCCGUCACUCUAGAUAGAUUCCUGGAAGGAAUCAGAGCAAUUGUUCCCAUUGACAAAUACGAGGAAGCUCGAAGAUUGGUCGAAGAUUAUAAAACGUCGGAGGAAAUGCAAAAGCUGCAGGGGUUGUUGGAGAAAUAUGCAGAAACCCAUGAAAAUUACGUGACCGAAAUCUGGCUGAAAGAAAAUUUGAAAAAUCCUUUGCCUCUUCCCGUCAAUUCCAGUUUGUUCUUCCUGCUGGAGAAGUGUUUAUUUUUAACGGCUGACGGAAGACGUGGAUUCAUAGCAGAUUUUAUCAUCUUUUUGCUAAUGUUCAAAGAAAGAGUUGAUAGCGGUGAGUUAAAAGAAAAAUUUGCUAAAAUACAAAAAGAAGAGAAUGCACUUUCCAUGGCCACGUAUGAUCAUUUCUUCACGGUUUACAGGAGACCAGGCGCGAUUAAAGACGAGCACGUUUUUAGUGAAGGCGGCCGAUAUUUUAUUGUGGCAUGCGAGAAUCAGUUAUUUCGAGUGGAGGCGUCACCUUUUACAAACAGCAAUACAAGCGAAAUAGCUCUCAUGGAAGAUCUGAAGAAAAUCGAAUGGUUAAGUAAGCUCAAGCCACACUACCUGCCAGUGGGAAUUCUCACAGCUCUCAAUCGAAAAGAAUGGGCAAGGAUAAGAGAACAAAUGAUCGAAGAUGAUGAUAAUAAAGAGUCCAUUCGGAUUAUUGAAAAUUGUAUGUUUGUUGUAUGCAUGGACGAAACGAUCAAAGAUCUGAGGGAACAUACGAGAUCGAAGAACUUUUCGGACCGGCUAAUGGAAGAUUGUGCCCACCACAUUCUUCACGGAAAUACAAGUAAACAUUCCACCGGUAACAGAUGGUUCGAUAAAUUUAUUCAGGGAACUUUUUAG